AUGGCUCACUCUAUUCGUCCUCACACCCACGAAAAUGGCUUCCGUCAACCCGCCAAGGAGCCUCACUGGAUCCCCCGAGAGGAACCCACAAAUGAGAGCAGCGAUGUUGCCGCAUUGGGGUACGAGGUCGUGCCUUCAGACGAAAUCAUCACGUCCACUCGCCACAAUCAUCUGGGCUUCAAUGUCCUGCGCGUGUGGCCAACGCUGCAUCAUGGGGUUGCGUCACCGCACGGGAUACCUGCUUGGUGGAACCCGCCGGACAAGGUCGACGUUCUGAUCUGUGGUGCUUUCACGCAAAUUGACCAAUUCCAAGACAAAAAUACCGGCCCUUUGGUAGCGGGCCGAGCUGAUGGUGUUCAACCGCGCUAUCUCGAGACUCUAUCAACAUGGGGGCUAGCCACUGAGGUUCACGAGGAAGGCCCGCUGAUCGAACGUACCGCCAUCUAUCACAAUGGCACUCUUCUUCACCACGGCCACUCGCAUCAGUCUGACUCUCGCUACCGUGGCCUCCACAUCAUCACUCAGGGCCAGAUAGAGCGGGUGUUUGUGCGCGAUCUCUUACGGCACAAGGUUCUCGUCGAGCGUGCCACCACGCUCAAGACGUACAGUGUAGACCCUGCACUAAGAACCUCAAGUGACCCCGCUGCCUAUCCGGUCCAGUGCGUGCUGGAAGAUCAAGAGGGGAAAGAAACAGCGGUACAGGCGAAGUUUUUGAUCGGGAGCGACGGGGCGUCAAGUGCGAUUCGGCAUUCGCUCGAGAUCCCCUUCGAUGGAAUCAGUACAGAUAUCUAUUGGGGAAUCAUGGACUGUAAAUUCGAGACAGACUAUCCGCAUGCCUGGAUUUUUGGCUCGGUCAUCAGCACUGAGCAUGGUGGCUGCGUCAUCAUUCCGAGAGAAAUGGGUAUAUUCGGUCAGUGGUUCAUCUCUUCUUCUAUUGCACGUUUCCACAUAUAUACUGUUCGAAAUCUGACUACUCUUCCGAGCAGACUUUAUACACAGUUGAAUAUUUCUCAGACAGGACCCUUAGCGGCAUCCCGACAAGCAAAGGAUCCCAAGUUUGCGGAGUCUGGCGGCCAGGUGGACGUCCACUCGGUCACUCCCGAGGAAGUCCUAGAAGAGGCAAAUCGCAUCUUCGCUCCAUAUAAACUGUCAUUUGGGGCACCUUUGAGUUGGUUUGCCGUAUGGAAAAUCAGCGAGCGCGUUGCUCGAUCAUUCUCCUCACCCGACCAGCGGGUUCAUUCAGUCGGAGAUGCAGCACACGUUCAUAGCGUCAUGGGCGCCUUCGGUCUGAACGCCUCCAUCUUAGAUGCGGCUAAUAUCGGUUGGAAACUUGGCCUCUGCGUUAAAGGCAAGGCCGACCCCAUGAAACUCCUUCCUACUUACAGCCGUGAGCGCCGUCUGCAUGCUGCCAACAUCAUUGAAAUCUCUGGCAAAUAUCUUCGCUUUGUCUGCAGCUCGCAACUCCCAACGGCCAGUCUGCACCACCUCGGCGCAAACUGGGGGCUCGAUACUGAUGAAACCCACAAGACAAAUGGGAUAAAUGGAAUAAAUGGGAUAAAUGGGGUACAUGGCGCCACACGUCAACCCUUCAUCUCAUCCAAGGAGGAUUUCCUAAUCGAAUCUCAUUCCAAGGAUCGGCAGAAUGGGAAUGCAGCCUUUACGCGUGAAGAGGCAAAAGCAUUCCUAUUUGAUUUCUUCACCAAGUAUGGGCAGUUCCUUCUCGGAGUUGAUGCAGCGUAUGGCACGAGUUGUUUGAAUCCUUCUCCCAAACUCGCCAAUGGCCGAGAAGGGGCUCAGGCCCCGCCAGUGAAGGUGAAGGAUGGGGUGCGGGCACCAAACCCCCGCGUGUGCAUUGAUGCCAGUCACACGGGAUAUUUGUAUGACAAACUCCCUGGUGAUGGCCGGUUUCACUUGGUCGUGUUUGGAUCGAAUCUUCUCGGUCCCGUUCGGCAGCAGCUGAAGGUCUUUUCGGAGGAAAUCUCGGCCAAGGCGUCCAGUGAAUUCUACGCGCGGUUCGGUGGAUCGGAUAUGUUCAACAUCGUCCUCGUAACCAAGGGCAUGCCAUGGGAGAUUGACGAGAGGUUAUCUUGUGAUGAAGACCUGGCAGCUUUGAGGGACAAAGCAAUUGUCUUGUCGGAUGACCGGGCGCCUGACGAUGAUGCGCACAGUACCUGGGGAGUCAAUCACCGUACUGGUGCAGUUGUAGUCAUUCGACCAGAUUUAUGGGUUGGAAUCAGUUCGGCUCCGGGCGACACGGAGAAAUUGGGAUCUUACUUCGCUACUUUUUUGCUCGAGUAG